AUGGGUGUCCUGGAACACAGGUCCCUGUGCUUGGGGGCUAGCAUCAUGAACAAAUCCUGCAACUCUACUUUGCCAGACUUGUUCUCCCACAUGACCUGGGCCUACACGAUCACACUGGUGCUACUGGGUCUGGUUCUCAACUGCCUGGCGCUCUGUGUUCUGUGCUGCCGCCUACCCCAGUGGACGGAGACCAGAGUCUACAUGGUCAACCUGGCGGUCGCUGACCUAUGCCUAGUCUGCGCGCUCCCCUUUUUCCUGCACACCCUGAAGAUGGAGAAGCAGGGCACACUGUUCUGCUACCUCUCUCAGGGCAUCUACCUGGUCAACAGAUACAUGAGCAUCAGCUUGAUCAUGGCCAUCGCUGUUGACCGUUACCUGGCCGUGUGUUACCCGCUGCGUUCCCGCGGGCUCCGCUCGCCUCGUCAGGCUGUGGCUGUGUGUGCGCUGCUCUGGGUGCUGGUGGUCAGCUCUCAGGGGGUUCGCUGGCUCCUGGACAUGCACGAGGGUGGCUUCUGCUUUUCCAGGCAGUCCCCAAAGUUCAACAGCAUCCUGGUCUCGCUGAUGAGCUUCUACGUACCGCUGGCUGUGCUGGUCUUCUGUUCCCUCCAGGUGGUGACCAGCCUGGCCCGGAGGCCUGCGGCUGACUUGACCCAGGCAGAGGCCACCAGGAAGGCCUCCCGCAUGAUCUGGGCGAACCUGGCUGUGUUCGUGGCCUGCUUCCUGCCUCUGCACCUGGUUCUCACGGUGUUCUCCGCCAUGGCCCCGGACAACUGCGACUUGCGGCGGACGUUCAGCAUCUUACUCUACUUCACCUCCAAACUCUCAGAUGCCAACUGCUGCCUGGACACCAUCAGCUACUACCUCAUGGCCAAGGAGUUCCAGGAGGCGAGCGUGAGGGUCUCUGGGGCCAAGGUCCACAAGAGCCAGGACUCCCUGAGCAUAAUUCUCACCUAG